UACAGAAACAUGGCGGUGUCCAUAGCACAGCGCCCGGCUGCCAGCGCUCCUGUGUUCAUAUUAACUUUUCUCACAACGUUAAUAUUUCACCGCAGUGUCGCAGAUAUCUCCGCUCAGGCGUCAGACGAGCUUCCUCACCGCCGGUUCGAGUACAAAUACAGCUUCAAAGGACCGCACCUGGCUCAGAGCGACGGCAAUAUCCCCUUCUGGAUCCACACUGGAAAUGCGAUUCCGAGUGCAGACCAGAUCCGCAUCACGCCGUCCCUCAGGAGUCAGAAGGGCAGCGUGUGGACAAAAAACAAAGUCAACUUUGAGCACUGGGAGGCUGAGGUGACCUUCAGAGUGUCUGGAAGAGGCCGGAUGGGAGCAGAUGGUUUGGCCGUGUGGUUCACCACGAUGCAAGGCCUCGACGGUCCCGUGUACGGAGCAGCUGACCAGUGGAACGGAGUGGGAAUCUUCUUCGACUCCUUCGACAACGAUGGAAAGAAAAAUAACCCCGCUAUACUUGUUGUGGGAAACAAUGGAAACCUUGUUUAUGACCAUCAAAAUGACGGCACCACGCAGGCCCUCGGCACGUGUUUACGAGACUUCCGCAACAAACCCUACCCUGUCCGCGCCAAAAUAACGUACUACAAGAAGACGCUGACGGUGAUGAUCAACAACGGUUUCACUCCAGACAGAGAGGACUACGAGUUCUGCACGAAGGUCGACAACAUGAUCAUCCCCAGUGAGGGCUUCUUUGGCAUUUCAGCUGCCACCGGAGGUUUAGCAGAUGACCACGAUGUUUUGUCCUUCUUGAUGUUCAGACUCUCAGAGCCCGGCCAGCAACCGCCCCCACCUGAAUUAGAGAUUCCUAAAGAAGAGAAGGACAAGUACCAGGAGGAAUUUCAGAACUUCCAGCAAGAGCUCGACAAAAAGAAAGAGGAGUUUCAGAAAGAGCACCCAGACGUCCAAGGAGAGCCAAUUGAAGACUUGUAUGAGAGCGUGAAUGACCGAGAGAUCCGUCAGGUGUUUGAAGGCCAGAACCGGAUCCACCUGGAGAUCAAACAGCUCCACAGGCAGCUCGCCAUGAUCCUGGACGAGCAGCGGCGAUACGUUUCUGUCAUCACCGACGAGGUCGCCAAGAAGGGGCCGAACGCUGAGUCGGGGCAGCUGGAUACUGCCAGUCAACAACAGUUGGGCUCCGUCAUCUCCACCCAGCAGGAGGUCCUCAAAAACCUGAAUGAGCUGAAAAACUCCUUUCAUGAGUCGCUCAAACAGAUCGGCUCAGUCCAGCACCAGGGCAACACAGGCGGCAUGGGGACAUACGAGACCAUGCAGCACUUCAACGACAUCAAGGAGCAUCUGCACACGGUCAAAAGGGACGUGGAGCACCUGGUGCAGCGUAAUUCUCAGAAUCCUGCUGAGAAGGUGAUGAAGUGCCCUGAGGUGCCUCCCAUGCCUUCCUGCUUGUCCACUAUUCAUUUUGUGAUCUUCAUCGUCAUCCAGUCAGUCCUGUUCUUCUGCUACGUCAUGUACAAAAGUCAUCAAGAAGCAGCAGCAAAGAAGUUCUUUUGAUGAAUUGCAUUCAUGAAAAGAGCCUGUAAAUGAGGGAAUGUCCAUUUUGUUUUGUUUUGAUUAUUUUCAGAUUGUAAAUUAUUGUACUUGAAAAUUUGGUUUAUUGAAGAAGUUUGUUUUAAUUAAUUGCAGAUUUUUAAUUUGAUCAGUAAAUUGUUGUGUAUGAAUGCUAGUGUGGAAUGCUGGAUUUCCAACAUGAUGUAACAUUUUCCUUGCAGUAUUUUUGGUUGGUCAGAUCCUGUUUUGAUUUUGUUUUCAAAAGUCGAAAUCUUUCCAAGUCCCAUUUCAUGAAACUGAACUGUCAACAAAAGAAACUUGUGUUUUGAAAUGUGCAAUUUUGUAUAAUACUGAAUAUUGGUGAUGAAAACUCAGAGCAGUUUCCGUUUAUCUGCUUUGAUCGAGUCAAACAUGUCAGAAUCUGACAUAUCCUCUACAUGAACAAUUUACAUAAAGAGAAAACCCAAAUCA